AUUGUUAAACACCCCAAGAGUUCUAAAACCUCCAAUUCUAAAGAUAAGGUGGUAGUAUUACCUACUUUAGCUCUUCCAAAAAUUACUCCGCUAAAAGAAGAAGUUAACCAUCAACCAUCCAGCAGCAAGAGCCUUCAAGCUACUCCAAAAGCCUUUGGGAUCUCUCAACAACCACAAGCUCAAACUACUUGUCUGCCCACAACUAGUCAUCAAGCUCAAUGUAACCCUGCAAUUGAAUCUCCAAAUAGAUUUGUUGAAUUGUGUAAUGAAAACAAUCCUAUCAAUGACAGUGUUGUCGCAAUUAAUGAGGAUGAUCAAGCUUUAGCUUCUCUUUCUGAUGAAUUAGUGUUAAAUGAACUAGUUGCAUCAAAAAAGGAAAAGAAAAAGUAG